AUGAAGAAGGCGGGAAAUCCUGUCACAAAUCGUGUUGCAAUAAAGAAGCUGCUAGAUUCACUUCCCAAAGAAUGGAGCCUACAAUGCAUGAUGAUCAUGAAGGAUUUCCUCAACAAUCCAAAUCAUGUCACUCUGUCCGAUCUGAUCAACACCCUAAGAGCCUUUGAAAUGGAUGUCAACAAAAGAGAAAUGAACACUGCUGGUUACCAACCAAAGUCAACUCAAACCACUGCUGGCUUGAAAAAUGUGGCAUUUCUUGCUUCAGGGGGCAUCACUUCACAAGCUUCUGACUUAAUCUACGCAAACACUUCCGCAAGCGCAUCAAAAGCUCCACAACUUGUUGAGAAGACUAUGACUGUUGACACUCAAGAGUUGAAAGUGUCCACUGAAAACGUGGCACUUUUUAACACAUUUCUGAGCAGCUAUGAAGCCCUGAUGUCUGGAGAACUAAAUAAGGAGGUGUUCACGGCUGAAGACAUGUAUCAGCGUGAUUGUCCUCUGUUGAAAGAAGGAAACAGUGAAACCACUCCUGCUGUAAAGCAAAUCACAGUUGAAGAGAACAAGAACAACGCGUCUCCUAGCACGCCAAAAGCUUUAGUCGUCGAAGACUAUGAUUGGAGUGAAGAAAUUACUGAAGCAAAGGAGCAAGUCAACAAAGCUCUGAUGGCCAAGAUCUCAGGUGAAUCCUCAUCAAGGCAGUUUGAAAAGCAGACAGCCGGAAUUCCAAAAGGAGACAAUACUGCUGACAAAGGUCUGAAAAGCAUUCUGACUUCAGUAGAGCCUGAAAAUGAAAAGAAGUGUGGAGAAGCAGAGGAGCAUGUUUCGAAAGAGGCAUCUGAUCAAAAGAAGGGUAAGGAAAAGGUCCCAGCAGCCGCCAUGAAAGCAGAUUCAUCAAAAGAGAAAGCUGACAAGGACUUGGUAAACAUUGCUUGUGAAUCUCCUGUAUUUGUGCCAGAAUUGAAAAAGAAUAGUUUCGGAAAAUUCCUCACAGCGGAAAUUCCCGAAUUUAUUCCUUCUAGAACAGGUGUGACAGAUUCAGAAAAGAGUGUCACUGAAGAUCAUGGCAAUGAAGACUCAAGCAUCACUGCCUCAGAAGACGAGCAAGGAUCAGAAAGUUCAAGUGAAGAUCAAACAACAAGUGAUGAAAGUCUAGAAUUCCCUAGUGAUGAAACCCAGCAAUCCUCAAGUGAAGAUCACCCCACCAGUGAUGAAAGCUUCGAAUGUUCAAGUUCUGAAAUCAUUGAAGACCAAGACUCAGAAAGUUCGAACAAAGAUCAAAGCUACAAUGAGUCAAGUUACGAAGCAAGUGAAGAGCAAAUCUCAAGUGAGGACAACAUGUCUGAAAGUUUAUUCGAUUCAGACAAUGAUGAAGAAUACUUAGAAGAUGAAAGCAGGAAUAAACUCCAGAAAUGGCUUCGUAUGCUCAUGGAAUACAUCUGGCAUGUGGACAGCGGAUGUUCAAGACACAUGACUGGAUUGAAGGAACUUCUGAAGAACUUUCGCUUCAUCGAUGGUGAUUUCGUAUCUUUCGCUGGAGACGAGAGAGGAGGAAAGAUUGUUGGAGUAGGAGAUGUGGUGUCUGAAGCCCUCACGUUGGAGAAUGUCAACUAUGUUCCAGAGCUGUGCUACAAUCUCAUGAGUGUCUCACAAGUCUGUGAUAAAGGAAUAUCGGUGCUUUUCAAUGACAUGGAAUGCUUGUUUCUCAAGCCCGGUUAUGUUGUUCCUGCUGAAAUGAUCAUGCUUACUGCUCCAAGACAAAACAACACAUACGUGCUCAAUAUGAAGAAUCCCAAGACAAACGACAAUCUAACCUGCUUGAUCUCUAAGGCUUCAGAAUCAGAGUCACUGCUUUGGCACAGGCGAUUGGGGCAUGCUAAUUUUAAAAAUAUGAAUAAACUCUCUAAGUUAAAUUUAGUAAGAGGUCUUCCGAUUAAGGAAUUCCCAUUUUCUGAAAAAUAUGAUUUCUCUCGGUUUUCAUGGGUCUAUUUUCUUGAAGCAAAAAGCGAGACAACUGAAGUUCUUAAAUCAUUCAUCCCGCUGAUUGAAAACGUGACCAAACUAAAAGUGAAGUCGAUCAGAAGUGACAAUGGGUCCGAGUUCAAAAAUCAGACUUUCAUAUCCUUCUGUGCAGAAAAGGGAAUUCAUCUCCAAUACAGUGCAGCCAGAACUCCCCAACAAAAUGGAGUUGCUGAACGCAAGAAUAGAACGUUGAUCGAAGCUGCACGAACCAUGCUGGUGGACUCAAAGCUUCCAAUCAUCUUCUGGGCAGAAGCAGUAAAUACGGCAUGCUACGUUCUAAACAGGGUAUUCAUUGUAAAACCACAUGGAAAGACAGCGUAUGAACUUCUCUUCAAAAGAAAGCCGCUCAUUGACUUCUUCAGACCAUUUGGCUGUUCGUGCACCCUUCUAAACACUCAAGAAAAUCUCAUCAAAUUCGAAGCAGUGGGCGAUAUCUGCUACUUCAUGGGGUAUUCAUCCACACAGAAAGCCUACCGUGUUUACAACAAAAGAACAAAGAUGGUUAUUGAAUCUUACUAUGUUGAUUUUCAAGAAGGAAACUACACCAACACCGAAAAGUUCUGA